CAGAGGGAGAGGGAUGACGCCGUGGCGGAGAAUGCCCAGCUGCAGAGGGAGAGGGAUGACGCCGUGGCGGAGAAUGGCCAGCUGCAGAAGGAGAGGGAUGACGCCGUGGCGGAGAAUGCCCAGCUGCAGAAGGAGAGGGAUGACGCCGUGGCGGAGAAUGCCCAGCUGCAGAAGGAGAGGGAUGAAGCCGUGGCGGAGAAUGCCCAGCUGCAGAAGGAGAGGGAUGACGCCGUGGCGGAGAAUUCUGUGCUGCAGAAGGAGAGGGAUGACGCCGUGGCGGAGAAUGCCCAGCUGCAGAAGGAGAGGGAUGACGCCGUGGCGGAGAAUUCUGUGCUGCAGAAGGAGAGGGAUGAAGCCGUGGCGGAGAAUGCCCAGCUGCAGAAGGAGAGGGAUGACGCCGUGGCGGAGAAUGCCCAGCUGCAGAAGGAGAGGGAUGACGCCGUGGCGGAGAAUGCCCAGCUGCAGAAGGAGAGGGAUGACGCCGUGGCGGAGAAUGCCCAGCUGCAGAAGGAGAGGGAUGACGCCGUGGCGGAGAAUGCCCAGCUGCAGAAGGAGAGGGAUGACGCCGUGGCGGAGAAUGCCCAGCUGCAGAAGGAGAGGGAUGACGCCGUGGCGGAGAAUGCCCAGCUGCAGAAGGAGAGGGAUGAAGCCGUGGCGGAGAAUGCCCAGCUGCAGAAGGAGAGGGACGAAGCCGUGGCGGAGAAUUCUGUGCUGCAGAAGGAGAGGGAUGAAGCCGUGGCGGAGAAUGCCCAGCUGCAGAAGGAGAGGGAUGAAGCCGUGGCGGAGAAUUCUGUGCUGCAGAAGGAGAGGGACGAAGCCGUGGCGGAGAAUUCUGUGCUGCAGAAGGAGAGGGAUGAAGCCGUGGCGGAGAAUGCCCAGCUGCAGAAGGAGAGGGAUGACGCCGUGGCGGAGAAUGCCCAGCUGCAGAAGGAGAGGGAUGACGCCGUGGCGGAGAAUGCCCAGCUGCAGAAGGAGAGGGAUGACGCCGUGGCGGAGAAUGCCCAGCUGCAGAAGGAGAGGGAUGACGCCGUGGCGGAGAAUGCCCAGCUGCAGAAGGAGAGGGACGAAGCCGUGGCGGAGAAUGCCCAGCUGCAGAGGGAGAGGGAUGACGCCGUGGCGGAGGAUGCCCAGCUGCAGAAGGAGAGGGAUGAAGCCGUGGCGGAGAAUGCCCAGCUGCAGAGGGAGAGGGAUGAAGCCGUGGCGGAGAAUGCCCAGCUGCAGAAGGAGAGGGAUGACGUCGUGGCGGAGAAUGCCCAGCUGCAGAAGGAGAGGGAUGACGCCGUGGCGGAGAAUUCUGUGCUGCAGAAGGAGAGGGAUGACGCCGUGGCGGAGAAUUCUGUGCUGCAGAAGGAGAGGGACGAAGCCGUGGCGGAGAAUUCUGUGCUGCAGAGGGAGAGGGAUGACGCCGUGGCGGAGGAUGCCCAGCUGCAGAAGGAGAGGGAUGAAGCCGUGGCGGAGAAUGCCCAGCUGCAGAGGGAGAGGGAUGAAGCCGUGGCGGAGAAUGCCCAGCUGCAGAAGGAGAGGGAUGACGCCGUGGCGGAGGAUGCCCAGCUGCAGAAGGAGAGGGAUGACGCCGUGGCGGAGGAUGCCCAGCUGCAGAAGGAGAGGGAUGAAGCCGUGGCGGAGAAUGCCCAGCUGCAGAGGGAGAGGGAUGACGCCGUGGCGGAGAAUGCCCAGCUGCAGAAGGAGAGGGAUGACGCCGUGGCGGAGAAUGCCCAGCUGCAGAAGGAGAGGGACGAAGCCGUGGCGGAGAAUUCUGUGCUGCAGAAGGAGAGGGAUGAAGCCGUGGCGGAGAAUUCUGAGCUGCAGAGGGAGAGGGAUGACGGUGUUUGUAUUGAGGAUUUUAAGAGUAUUCCUGCAGAAUGUCGUAGUAUUAGGAAUAGGUUUGAGGGUUUGUGUGGGAAUUCAGAUCUGCUCUCCUUUUCUUGUUGUUUGGCGGAGAAGGAGAAUAGCGAUGUGGAGUUGUGCAUUAACAGUAGUUGUUCUUUGGCGUCUGAUGCUUUGCUGUUUUGUGAAUGUGUGA